UUUUAAUUUCACACGUUUAGUCCUUGUACUCUCAAAUUUUGGACCAAUAGGUCCAUUCCGUUAGUCUCCAUCUAAACUCUCUGUUAACUUGCUGAUGUGGCAGUCAUUCUGUGAGAAAAUGUCCAUUAUACCCUCACUUUUUUUAUUAUUUAAAUUUUAUUCUUUUCUCCUUUUUUUUUUCUUUUUUUUCUUUUUUUCUUUUUUCGGUUUAUCUCUUCUUCCCUCUCCCCUGCAGAAACCUCAGCAAUCAGCACAACGCCUCCGUCGAUCUCCUCAGCAACCUUCCUCUCCUCCUUCAAAUAAACAAAAACCCAUUGUCAAAUGCUUCUCUCUCCCAUUGACAAAAACCCUAGAGGAGACGGAGCUCCAUGCCCCAAUCAUCUACAAUCCAUGAGCUCCAUCCAAACCAUGCAAAAACCCAGUACCAUCAAAUCUCAAUUCAAGGCCAAACAACUCCAUGCCCCAAUCCCCACCGCCAUCACCAAUGCCACUGCUCCGCCGCCCAAAACCAUAUCCGAAAUGAAAAUCUCCCUCUUCUCUAAUGGAGACCUGCAAAACCUUAGUCCAUACUCUUCUCAAUGUCUGCUUCCUGUACUCUCUUCGACAUAGGCCAUCAGAAAAACUUCAAAUUACACUUCCAAAAUCAACGAACAAAAAUUGAUCAAAACACCUAACUUCUAACCAAGAUCAAAACAUGACCACUCAAAUCGAACACACAUGCAGAUCGGACUCACUUGGGGUUGGGCUUGGAAUGGGAAAGAUUGGCAUACAUGUUCUUGGCCUUGAAGCUCUGCUGUCAAGCAAGAAUCGAGCAGAGAAGAGAGCGAUUUCCCGUUCCGGCGGCGACCUCAACGUCCUCCGCUACCGCCAAAACGACCACAUUUUCUCCCAAACGGUGAUCCGUUUCUAUCUGGCGAAGAUCGUCUGCGCGCUGGAGCACCUCCACAGCAUGGGGAUCGCUUACCGGGAUUUGAAACCGGAGAACAUGCUGAUCCAACAGUCGGGUCACGUGACCCUCACGAACUUCGACCUUUCCAGAAGCCUCAAGCACCUCCACAGCCAGAGAUCCGCCACAAACACCGCAGGAACCUCACGCGCUGGAUCAAUUCUUGCUCUUUCACUUUUCGCACUUUACUUUCUGCAAUCUAUAUCAAAAAAUAAAAAAGAGAAGCAACAUAAGACGCCGAAAGUCCUUGCAACAAAGGCAAGAGAACCCAGCAGCCGAGACGGUUCCUUCCUCAGCCCACAAUCACUUAAAAGAAGUCAGAUCAAGCGCAAAUCUUAUCAAAACCUCGCUCGGCCAAUUGGCCGCGAGUUGGCACGCCUGCGUAUCAAGAAGGACAAUUGGACUUCAAAUCCAUCGGCUACUAAUUUGGGCCGAGACGAUUUUGAGGCAAACAGCCGCAAGCCGAGCUUCUCCGACAACGGCGAGCGGGCCAACUCAUUCGUCGGCACCGAGGAGUAUGUGUCCCCCGAGGUCGUCCGCGGCGAGGGUCAUGAGUUCACCGUGGACUGGUGGGCCCUAGGGAUUCUCACCUAUGAGUGCCUCUACGGGACGACACCGUUUAAGGGGAAGAGCAGGAAGGAGACGUUCCGGAACGUGCUGACGAAGACGCCGGAGUUGGAAGAUGAGGUUGUGGGCCGGAGAGUAGGGUCAGAGUACUUGGAGUGGAAUCAGACACAAAAAAAGAAAGAAAAGGGAAUUUUUUUAUGGAGAGAGAAGAAGAGAUAA